AUGUCUCCAGGGGUGACUGAGCCAGAAAAAAUCCGUGAUACCGACUUGAAGACGACAGGCGUUGCAAAGGGCUCGGUCCCUCAUCCGCCCAAGUUCGACGACCCGUAUCAAGAGCGCCAGUAUCUGAAGGAGAGGCUGGCUCUGGGCUUCCGAAUCUUUGCUAAGAACGGUUUCGAUGAAGGCGUAUCAGGACACAUCACUGUUCGCGACCCCGUCGACCCAACCACCUUCUGGGUCAACCCCUUCGGUGUUGCCUGGCCACUCCUUAGAGCUUCGGACUUGAUCCGCGUGGACUCCCACGGCGAGAUCAUCGACGGCGGACCCGUCCGCCUCCUCAAUGUUGCUGCGUAUAUGAUUCACCAUGCUGUACACGAUGCUCGCCCCGACGUGAACGCAGUAGCGCACUCGCACAGCAAAUAUGGCCGAGCAUUUAGCACGCUGGGUCGAAACCUGGACAUCAUUUCGCAGGAUGCAUGUACUUUCUAUAACGACCUUGCCCACUACGACCAGUUCGGUGGAAUUGUCCUCGGGCCCCAGGAGGGUAUCAACAUCGCCAAGGCCCUGGGGCAGAAAAAGGCGGCCAUCCUUGCAAACCACGGGCUUCUGACCUGCGGAGGGUCCGUCGAAAGCUGCGUGCGCUGGUUCAUGUCCCUGGAAGUCUGCUGCGAGAGCCAGCUGCUGGCUGAUGCCGCGGCCGCGGGCCGUGGUGGCGAGACGGUCAAGGUCAGCGACGAGGAGGCUGCUUUCACGUUCCAGAGCAUCGGACACGAGAUGGCGGGCUGGUUCAGCGCAAAGCCGGUGUUCGACAUGAUGGAGCACGAAGUUGGUGUGGAGUACAAGAUGUGA